AUGGCUAAUAAUCUGAUCGAUUGUAACACAUUCUUUAUUGAUAGCAAUGUUUAUUUACAUAUUGGCUUAGAUCCGGAACUUUUGUUUAAUUGUGUUGUUUGUAUUACAAGUAACUCUCAGUGCGUGAAAAUGAGUGUUGAAUUGUUUCAAUCCAUAAAUACACUGCUUAACAACGUAAACUUUAGACUUCCAUCGCACUUACUGUUAAAGGAGUUUAAAUUGAUGUCAAUAGAGUGUGGCAGACCGUCGUGGUUGCAGCAUUUGGCGUCCGUGUGUGCGGUGACGGCGGAUGAUUGGUGGUGGGCGGUGUUGGCCUGGUGGUGUUUGGCCUUGGGGCCGGCGCUGGUGGCUGCAUCUGCUGUCUUUCUAUGCUUGCAGCAAGACCAGAAUGUGCAGUUGACUAAGGAGAAUGUUAAAAAGAUUUUACAAUUGAGCGAUGCCAUGGAAGAAGUUAUUCAGAUGAAAAAUAUGUAUGUUCGGUCCGCUUCAUUGUUUCAGGCCUGUAAGAUUUCAAUAUUUCUGGGGAAAGAAAUGUCGUUACCCAAAGAUACAAAAAUAAGCGAUGUUGAGGAUUAUCUGGAGCACAUUGAGGUCAAGAAAUUGAAAGAACGUAUUUCAGUCCAAGGUACUUGCUUAAUAGCAGAUUUAAAGAUUAAAGCACUCAAACAAUUGGCAAGGGGCUGGUUAUCUUCUUCACCCGAAACUGAGGCUGAAGUCAACAGACCGAGGACAAGAGCAUUUGUAGCGCGUGAAAGGGCAAAUGCAAGCCGUAGAUUAUUAUUUGAA